AUGGCAAACGCAACUAAUAUUGAGAUAAGCGUGCACUGUCUCUGCAAAUCGCACACCUUUUCAGCAUCACUCCCGGCUACCGAGCUGCCACUUGCAGCUACCUGUUGCCACUGCGAUCAAUGCCGUUACCUCACGGGCGGUAUGUACACCUGCGCAGUCCAGUGGCCAGGAUCACCAGAAGCCAUUUUGAGCUCCUCCCUUUGCAGAUACAAGUACGCCAGCAGUUCGACUUUGAUGUUUUGCGAAACAUGCGGGACGCCAGUGUUUGCGCAAAAGAUCUUCGAAGGCGAGGCUCCCGAUGUCUUUUACCUUGCUGCUGGCUUGCUGCCAAACUUGAAUGUUGACCUGGUCAAGGUUGCCCAACACAUUUGGGUAGGGGACACUCUGGAUGGAGGUGCUUCGGUAUUUGUGCAGAACCUAAAUGGGCCUUCUCAGCCGAUCCCCCGCUGGCGGAAGGGCCAUGGUGAGGCGGAUGGCUUGCUUGACAGUGACUGGCCGCCGCAGGCAUCGUGCCAGCAGAGGACUGCGGACGGUUCUUCGCAGAAGAGUGUACGCGUCCAGUGCAUUUGCAAAGGCGUUGAUCUGACGCUAUGGCGAGGCAAUGAUGACUUCAGCAAGCUCAAGGCGCAGGGUAAACUGCCAGGCUGGGUGAAUCCUGCCACGCUCAAACCUAUUGCCGCUUACGACGCAUGCGACAGCUGCAGAUUCAUGGUCGGCGUACCCAUCAUGCAUUGGACGUUUGCCAGAGUCGCACAACUCGGUUUCGCUGUAGGACGUCAGGAAGACGAACCGGCUUUUCCCACCAACACGUUGGACCUGAAAGCUGCGGUCAAGGCAGGCAAGGACAGUCGCUUCGGUACCCUCACAUUCUACGAGAGCUCACCGGAUGUGCAGCGCUACUACUGUUCACGCUGCUCUGCAAGCGUCUUCUAUGCUGUGGACGAACUGUCGGAUCAGAUCGACGUUUCCAUGGGUCUUGUUCAUGCACUAGAAGGCUCUAGAGCUGAGUCCUGGGUCGAAUGGGAAUGGGGUGGCCUCGGGCACAAAGACAACACUGUAGGUGGUCGGCGUGAAGCUUUUGGAAAAGCCAUCCAGGCAGAAUCAGAAGAAUGGCGAGUUGCUAGAGGAUUGCCCAAAGGGCAUCGUUUUCAGUAG